UUUCACAAAGUUUUGUGUUGCAAAAGAAAACAAACAGCAUAGAAAGGGUGAGUUUUAAAAAAAGAAAGAGGACAACAAGUGGAAAGGCACACAAAGCCAUCAAAAAUAUAAAGCUAUGUAUGGAAGUGGAAAUAGAUCAUCAAUUCUUCCAUGGAAUAGCUUCAACACACUUGAAGAUCCAUUUAUUAUUCAUGGAUCAUCAUAUUAUGGAGAUUUAUUCAACAAAAUUAUACCUCAAUUUCCAUGUCAACAUCAUAAUGAAGUGCAAAAAAUGAUGAAUUCUCAAGAAAUAAUGGAUGCAAAGGCACUUGCUGCCUCAAAAAAUCAUAGUGAAGCUGAAAGAAGACGUAGAGAAAGAAUCAAUAAUCAUCUUGCUAAAUUACGUAGCCUUCUCCCAAGCACUACUAAAACAGAUAAAGCAUCACUAUUAGCUGAGGUGAUACAACAUGUAAAGGAGCUAAAGAGACAAACAUCACAAAUAGCCCAAACAAAUCCACUAAUCCCAACUGAGAUUAAUGAAUUAGCAGUUGAUUAUUGCAAUAAUGAAGAAGGAAAUUUCAUGAUCAAAGCUUCAUUAUGUUGUGAAGAUAGGUCUGAUCUUUUACAUGACCUAAUCAAGACCUUAAAAUCUCUAAGGUUAAAAACACUAAAGGCUGAAAUAACUACACUUGGUGGACGUGUGAGAAAUGUCUUGUUCAUAACAAGGGAUCAACAACAAGACGACGACGAUACGUGGCCGAUCAAUGAUAAUGAUAAUGAUAAUGAUGAUGAUCAAAUGCAAUAUUGUCUAAGAUCAAUUCAAGAAGCACUUAAAGAAGUUAUGGAGAAAUCUAAUGGGAAUGAUUCUGGUAAUUCAGGGAGUAUUAAGAGACAAAGAACUAGUAAUAAUAAUAUACACUACUAAAAAAAUAAA